GCAGGAGCUCUGAGGAAGCGCGUGCUGCUGACACACUCUCGUCUCAUCUGAUCUCCGGUCAGAAUGCAGCCGACUCACGCGCUCUCUGCGGAUGCUUCGGGGAAAAGUUGCAAGAAGAUGAAGGUGGAAAAUAUGAAGAAUGAGAAGUUGCAAUGCGUCUCUGAAUAUGACAGAGAUGCACCGACAACAACUUCCAUCGACACACAGGAUCAGCGAAAAGACAAGAGGAAAAAAAGCGUCAAGUCAAGAAGGCCUGCAAGCAGAGAAUGUGAAGCUGCGAGAGAAGUUCGAGUCGAUCUUCAAGGAUCUGACCUGUGGAAGAGUUUUCAUGAGAUCGGCACAGAGAUGAUCAUCACCAAAGCUGGAAGGAGAAUGUUCCCCUCUGUCCGAGUCAAGGUGCACAAUCUGGAUCCCGUCCAGCAAUACUCCAUUGCCAUGGACAUCAUGCCUGUGGACUCAAUGAGAUACAGGUAUGUGUACCACAGCUCUCAGUGGAUGGUGGCUGGAAACACGGAUCAUUCGUGUGUCCCUCCUCAUCUGUACGUCCACCCGGACUCGCCGUGUUCGGGAGAGACCUGGAUGAGACAGGUGAUCAGCUUUGAUCGUGUCAAACUCACCAACAAUGAGAUGGAUGACAAAGGCCAUAUAAUCCUGAAGUCCAUGCACAAGUACAGGCCACGCAUACACGUUAUUCUGCAUAGUCCUCUUGAACGCCUGUCACAGACUCUCGUGUCACUGCCGGCGGAUGACGUCUACACCACCUCCUUCCCUGAGACUCAGUUCACCACUGUCACAGCAUACCAGAACCAACAGAUAACAAAACUGAAGAUCGACAGGAAUCCUUUUGCCAAGGGCUUCAGGGAACGAAAUGGAGGCGUGUUGGAUGGGAUGCUGGAGUCGUACUCGUGGCACAGUCCCUUUAACCUCGAUUUCAAAUCUUUUGCUACGGAGCUACAAGGCAGAUGUUAUGGACCUCCGGCAAGUUUCGGUAUCACCUCAUCAGUGCCAUCCUUCUUGCCCAGCUCCUUCUCUCCAGCAGCCCUUCCCAUCACAUUCACAAGCCCUCAAUGCUGCAACAUACUCCCUUCAAACAGUUUUCUCACAUACAGAGCGUACUGCAGCAUUUGCCUGAGCAAACUCAGUAGUUGCACUGCUCUGCGACCCGUGUUAGAUCUGCCCUUCAUGACGGCUCUGCAGGUAAAGAAAGGAGACAGCUGUAGGAGUCGCUGGCUCCAGGAUUCUACCACCAGAAGUACUUCUGAGCAUCCGGUCCACAGCAUUUCAGCUGGAUGGGACUCUGGAGACUAUCAAGCUCAGAAAGACAACAGAGAGCCAGCCUUUGUGUCAUCCUACAACUACAGUUUCCCCUUGAGCCAUCACUUCCCCUUGAGCAUGUUUACCAAAUGCCCAUGAUCUGCUCUAUCAGUUUCUGCCCCGACACCAAACAUGUCAAAACAGGAACUCUAGUGCUCCAAUACAGCAUGAUCUCAUGAGCACACCUACAUUUACUUACGUUUACACAGACGCUAAACUAUAAA